AUGUCUGACAGCAACUCUUCCACUGGCCAGUCCUACCUUGACCAGGCCACCGGUCUGGCCCAGCGUGCCGCUGGUGCCGUCACUGGCAACUCUUCCACCGAGAACAAGGGUGAAGCAAAGCAAGAAGUCGGCAAAGCCAGGGAAGAAGCCUCCCACACCACCGCCAAGAUAGGCCCCUUCGCCGCAGACCCCAACACUGGUGCCGUGGCCAAGGAAAACGAGAAGCGCAGCGACGGAUCCUGGGACCAAACCCUCGGCUCAGCCAAAGAAUCCGUCGGCAACAUUAUCGGCAACGAGAACCUCCGCAAGGCAGGUGAGCAACAGAAUGCCGCCGGCAAGGAGCAGGAAGCCAAGGGCCAGCUCAAGGACUGGGGUGAAGGCAUCCAGAACCGCGCCCAGGGUGCCCUUGGCACCGUUGGUGCCGCUGUCACUGGUGACCGUGCCGAGGAGGAGAAAUACCGUGACCAGCAUGACGAGGGCAAGGUUCGCCAGCGCGGUGCAGAGGCUGAUAUGGCCAAGAAGGCUUAA